CAAGUUAUAUUACUACGGCAAGGCAGCAUUACUAUUACUGUAUAAGAUUGUUCUGUCCGAAGUAAUUCGAAGUAUCAAUCUUUUAAGGGUUCCAAAACUGUCUUUGUAGUCUUUUGCAAACUAGUAAAAUUGGAAAAGGGUGCUAAUUGUUUUGAUAACUCAGGUGUCUGGGCCAGCUUACGCGCGCCUCGACUAAUCCUGGGGGACCAAUCUGCACCCAAUUGCAGGGAAUCGCAAUUAAAGUCGAGCAAAGCUCUGUAUGGAAAAGGGUGCUUAUUCGGAGAGGUUAUUUUUGCUUUCUGGCCUCCUCCAUUUAUGGUUAUGCAUUGGGUCAAGUAUUUGUGGAGGUAUUCAUCAUUCUAGGAAAGCAUGAAAAUGCGCUGCUGAAUCAUCACCUGUUUCGAAACCCACAAAGCUACACUGAGAUAAAUGGAACACGUACCGCACCGACAAAUGAACUUCCAUUGGCAGAACUAUCUCUACAGUGUGCCACCUGCUUUAGGGGGUAGUAAUUCUCAGUUUCCGCACCACAGUACCAGUGGAAGGUAUUACAACUUCCUUCCGAGCAUGCCAACUUAUAACCAUACUUCUGGUCCACAAGGUUAUGGCUCGUCCACGGCAAUUCACAAUCCCAAUCCUUCAGUUCAAGAGGGCUACACAAGCUUCCCUUCCCACCCACCCACAUGGGAUCAAAUACCACAUCUUCAAAGAAAUUUUGAUGGAUCGCGUCAAAACUGUCUCUCUAAUUGGUGGUCCACCAUAGAGCACAACAAUUCUCACCUUCCAAACCAAGGAAUCAGCAGAAGUAAUCACUACUUUCAUCUUCACAUGUCAGAUAACCAGAGUGGCAUGAUGUCAAACUAUGGUCCACGGCGUUAUGGCUUGCCUGCAUCAAUCCAUAAUCACAAUCCUUCUAUUCAAAAUAACAGCUAUACCAGUCUCGCCGCUCACCAACCCAGACAGUACCUAGUAGAGCAGCACUCUGUGAUUGAAGAUGGGGAGAUCCGUAUGAUUUGGAAGUCCACAGAGUUAGCCCAAACUUCAUUUUCCCAUGGAAUUAGUGCCCAUGAAGGUUCAAUGGAGACAAGGGAAAUGAGAAGAAUGCCAUACCGAGAGAAUGAAAUGAAUGGCUUUGUUGACUCUCAUAUGCAUCCGUCUUACACUGGCAAUUACCAACUCCAUCCGAAUCAACAGCUACCACAUAUGCAACCUAUGAGAGGAAACAAUCUCAACCUUCAACCUCAAAUGCCAUCAUCUUCUACACACUGGCAUGAAAUGGACAACCCUCAAGCACUAUACAGUUCACAGGCAGAUAAUAGGAAUAGAAACUUUGAAUCCUCCAUGCCUGUCGACCAAAUGUAUAACCAAGAAAAUCUACCUUCGGAAGACAACAUGCUUGACCUUGACCGCUUAAUAAUUCAACAUGUAGAUGAUGUGAUAGUACUGGAGGCUUUCGAUGUGGAUGUGUACCUGCGGGUUGCUGACGAGGAUGGGUUAUUGUCUUUUGAGGAGCUGAUUGAUCUUGAAGAGCAAAUGGGCCACGAAAAUACAGGUUUGUCAGAGGAUGAAAUCCAAAGACAUCUAAAGAAAAGGACCUAUCUUUCAUCUGCAAAUCAGUUCAACUUAAAUGAAGCUCCUCUUAGCAAAACAUCCAGAAUUAAUGUGAAUCAGUUAGAUUUAAAUGAAGCAUGUUCAGACUCGGAUGAAGAACCUGAUAUCUGUGUUAUAUGCCAGGUCGAAUAUGAAAGUCGGGAGAGAAUUGGGACUCUUGAGUGUGGACAUGAGUAUCAUGCAAACUGCAUAACAAAGUGGCUGCAAGAGAAGAAUGUUUGCCCGGUUUGCAAAGCUACUGCUUUGUCCAUAAAAAGCUAGAAAUUUUGUUGGCCAGUGAAUGUUGGAGAUGCUUCCAUUUAUUCCGGUAAAUCUUAAAUUCAGUCCAAAAGGCUUCUGGUAGUUAAUUUUCUUUUGCACUGUACAAAUGUAUAUAGUUUUUUUCCCACACAAAUUUCUGUAGUUUUU